GGGAGGGCUGAACACUCCAGCGGCGCCGCUGGCGGAGCGGCCGGGCGGGGGAGAGAGAGCGAGAGCGGCGGUCGGGAAGGGCACACGGACCGGCCUGCAGGACGGGCUGCGGGUCCCGACAGCGGCCGGGACGGGAGCGGGACAUGCUGAGCAGGGGCAGCCAGACCGAUCGACCGGCCGCUUUUCAAUUCGUCCCCUCUACUUUCUCACCUCUUGAACCCCCCUCACCCUCCCUCCGCCUCCUUCCUCGUCCCCUUACCCUCCCUCAACAACCCCUUAACCUCGUGAAUCUUCUCCUCAACUCCCUUUAACUUCUUAAUCCUGCAUUCUCACUCCUCCCUUCCCGCUUCUCCUCCCACCUCUCACCCUCCCUCCAGCUCCGGCGCCGCCCCCAUCCUCACCCUCACACACCCCCCGUUCGCCCCCUACUCCCCACCGCAUGCACCCCCUCUCCUCCCCCUUUCUACCUCCUCCCCUCCUCCUCUCACUCUCUCUCCCCUCCCCGACCACGCAUGGCGGCGGGCGUGUCCACAUGGCUGCCCUUUGCCCGGGCCGCCGCCGUCGGCUGGCUGCCCCUGGCCCGGGGUCCGAUGCCCCGAGCCCCGACGGCCCCCUCCAUCUCGUCGCCGGCCGGCUGCUCACCGUCCAAGCGCGGCGACGAGCUGCUGGUGGUGAAUGUGAGCGGCCGCCGCUUCCAGACGUGGAAGGGGACCCUGGAGCGCUACCCGGACACCCUGCUGGGCAGCAGCGAGAAGGAGUUCUUCUACAGCGAGGACACCCGCGAGUACUUCUUCGACCGGGACGCCGAGCUCUUCCGCCACAUCCUCAACUUCUACCGCACCGGCCGCCUCCACUACCCGCGCCACGAGUGCCUGGCCGCCUUCGACCACGAACUGGCUUUCUUCGGCCUGGUGCCCGAGCUGAUCGGCGACUGCUGCCUGGAGGAGUACCGCGAUAGGAGGAAGGAGAGCGCCGAGCGGCUGGCCGAUGACGCCGAGGAGGGCGGAGGGGAGGGCGGCGGCGACCCGGGCGGCACCGGGCGCCAGCGGCUGUGGCGCGCCUUCGAGAACCCGCACACGAGCACGGUGGCGCUGGUCUUCUACUACGUGACGGGCUUCUUCAUCGCCGUGUCGGUGGUGGCCAACGUGGUGGAGACGGUGCCGUGCCGGGCGCCGGCCGGCCAGAGCGGCCAGCUGCCGUGCGGCGAGCGCUUCAGCCUGGCCUUCGUCUGCAUGGACACGGCGUGCGUGCUCAUCUUCACCUGCGAGUACCUGCUGCGGCUCUUCGCCGCCCCCAGCCGCUGGCGCUUCGCCCGCAGCGUCAUGAGCCUGAUCGACGUGGUGGCCAUUCUGCCCUACUACAUCGGGCUGCUGGUGCCCGCCAACGAGGACGUGAGCGGCGCCUUCGUGACGCUGCGGGUCUUCCGCGUCUUCCGCAUCUUCAAGUUCUCCCGCCACUCGCAGGGGCUGCGCAUCCUGGGCUACACCCUGCGGAGCUGCGCCUCCGAGCUCGGCUUCCUGCUCUUCUCGCUCACCAUGGCCAUCGUCAUCUUCGCCACCGUCAUGUUCUACGCCGAGAAGGGAACGGCCGGCACCAACUUCACCAGCAUCCCGGCCGCCUUCUGGUACACCAUCGUCACCAUGACCACGCUGGGAUACGGAGACAUGGUUCCCAACACAAUUGCUGGAAAGAUCUUCGGCUCCAUCUGCUCACUGAGUGGUGUGCUGGUCAUCGCACUACCCGUCCCCGUCAUCGUCUCCAACUUCAGCCGCAUCUACCACCAGAACCAGAGGGCCGAUAAAAUGAAGGCACAAAAGAAACUCCGGCUCGCCAGAAUCCGUCUCGCUAAAUCAGGGACCACUAACGCCUACCUGAAGUACAAGGAAAACGGAGGGCUGAAUCCGGACCUGGACUCAGACACACACGCUCUCCUGGCUCGUAAGAUCUCUAUCUUUGAGCAACAGCAUCACCACCUCCUGCACUGCCUGGAGCGAACCACGGUGAGAACAGGGAGGUGCCUCGUGAUGGGAAAUGGCGGAAUACCGGG